AUGAAAGCGCUUCGCGAAAAGCUCAAAGAUACCAAGCUGCACGAUGCCAAAAUCGAGGCUAUCCAUUUCAAGCACAAGAUUGGCAAGCUCAAGAACCUGGUCAACAAGAACCAUCGUCAUGAUGAGGAGCAUGAACAAGAGACGGACCGCAAGAGAACAGCCAUUUGCGAGUCUCAUCGCUUCGAGUCCUUCUUCCCCGAGCGCGACAACAACCGCAUCAAGUGGUAUGUUGACGGUCGCGACUACUUCUGGGCCGUCUCGGUUGGUCUCGAGAAUGCCAAAGAGACAAUUUACAUUGCCGACUGGUGGCUCUCGCCCGAGCUGUUCCUGCGCCGCCCGCCGUUUUUCAACCAGGAAUGGCGUCUGGAUCAAACCAUCAAGCGUGCUGCCGAGCGCGGAGUCCAAGUCUAUGUGAUCGUCUACAAGGAGGUUCAGCAAGCCUUGACUUGUAAUUCCGCGCACACGAAGCAUGCCUUGCGAGCACUUUGCCCCGAAGGCAGCCCCGGGCACGGGAAUAUCCAUAUCCUGCGCCACCCGGACCAUAACGUCUUCGAGAAUUUUGGUGACAUGACUUUCUACUGGGCGCAUCAUGAGAAGUUUAUCGUGAUUGACUACCACCUCGCGUUCAUCGGAGGCUUAGAUCUGUGCUACGGAAGGUGGGAUCUCCGUCAGCAUCUUCUGGCAGAUGUCCAUCCCUCCGGGGUGGUCAACGAAAUCUUCCCCGGACAAGAUUUCAACAAUAACAGGAUCAUGGACUUCCACACAGUCGAGGAUUGGUCCAACAACGAACUCAACAAGACCGACUACGGCCGAAUGCCAUGGCAUGACGUAGCAAUGGCUGUGGUUGGCGACUCCGUAUUAGAUAUUGCCGAACAUUUUGUCCUGAGGUGGAACUUUGUCAAGCGAGACAAAUACAAGCGAGAUGAGAGUGUCGACUAUCUGUGUAUGACCACUCGAUCCAGGGCGGAUGGCUCCAACCCGGACGAAGACCUCAUUGCGAUUCAAAGACCAAAACACCCAGUGGGAAAGUACAUAGAGCAUCCUCUCAGUCCGCUUGAGGGCAAGGGUCUUCAGAACGCCGGUUCUGUUCACGCGCAGCUGGUUCGGAGCAGCGAUGACUGGAGCAGUGGCAUCUUACUCGAUCACAGUAUUCAAACCGCCUAUGUUGAAGUGAUUGAAAAUGCCCAGCACUAUGUCUACAUUGAAAAUCAGUUUUUCAUCACUGCUACCGGCGAGCAUCAGUCGCCCGUCCACAACCAAAUCGGCCGAGCAAUAGUCAAUGCAUGCGUCCGUGCUGAAAAGGAAAACCGCAAGUUCCGAGUCAUCAUACUCAUCCCUGCCAUUCCAGGUUUUGCAGGUGAUCUUCGCAGCGACGCGGCUAUCGGGACAAGGGCCAUAAUGGAUUAUCAAUACAAGAGCAUCAAUCGAGGCGAACACUCGAUCUUUGGACAACUCAAAGCCGCCGGGGUGGAUCCCACCAAGUACAUAUUUGUCUUCAAUUUGCGCGCCUAUGACCGCAUCGAUAGGACCCCAUCACUCAUUCAACAGGAGAAAGAGUCUGGAGUGUCAUACCAACAGCUCCAGCGUGCCGAGGCAGAGGAGAUCAUGGGCAGCGGCAUCCAUGGUUACGAAGGCGAAAAGACCGAAAAGGAAUCCCGUGGCACGGGCGCCAACGUCAGUGAAGAUGAACAACAUGCCAUUAUUGACCGCAAGCGCCGGUUCGAGGCUGCGCGCAAGAAGCUCGACGUCAAAGACCCCGUCACUUCGGCCGAGUCAAUCGCCGAAGAUGCCAUGGCUCGUGGCGGACUCGUUAGCGAAGAACCAUGGGAAGGUGAACCCGAAGCCGAGAAGGACAACUUUGUACAAGAGGAACUCUACAUCCACGCCAAAUUGCUGAUUGUGGACGACAAGACGGUGAUUUGCGGAUCGAGCAAUAUCAACGAUCGUUCCAUGUUGGGUUCGCACGACUCGGAACUCUCGAUCGUCAUGACCGACACCAAAGUGCUUGAAUCGACCAUGGACGGCAAGCCCUAUCAAGCAGGCUACCACGCUGCGACUUUACGACGCCAUAUCUGGCGCGAACACCUGGGCAUGAUCGAAGCGCAAUCCGUGGACGCGUCCAAUGACCCCAAUGCCCAACCACCAACCGUAUGCAUGAACGAUGAGUACUCUGGCGAAGAAUGGGAAUUCGUGGCUGAUCCCUUGUCCGACACACUCUGGGAAAAAUGGACGGGUCAAGCCACUACCAACACUGACGUGUACCGCUAUCUAUUCCGCGCCGACCCGGACAACCACAUCAAGACGUGGAAGGAUUACGAUGACUUUGCACCUCGCCAGACGAUCAAACAAGGCCAUUUACAUGAUCCACACAUGCCGGUAGAGCUCGUGCGGAAGGAGUUGGACAAGAUUCGGGGACAUCUUGUUUGGAUGCCCCUGGAUUUCCUGUGUGAGGAGGAGAUGGCAGAGAGAGGCAUACAAGUGAAUGCGUACACCGAGAGCGUAUACACGUGA